CGCUGAGAGCAAGGCAGGAGACCCAGACCUUGCUGCGCUCCAGGGUUUUGGGGGUUCAGGGAGCGAGCAAGCCAGCCGAGGGCCCGGAGGGGUGGGGAGAGCACCCCGGAAGCGGUUCCGCGGCGGGGCUGGAGCUGCAGGGCUGGAGCUGGCUGCGUGGGCCACGGCUCGACCUUCUGGCUCGGGAGCGUGACGCCGCGUGCGGGUUCCCUUCUAGGUCCUGCGGUGCCGAGAGCCCCGAUUUCUUGCAGGCCCCUCACCAUGGUGAAGCUACUGCCCGCCCAGGAGGCCGCGAAGAUCUACCACACCAAUUACGUGCGCAAUGCCAGGGCCGUGGGGGUGAUGUGGGGCACGCUGACCAUCUGCUUCUCCGUGCUGGUCAUGGCCCUCUUCAUCCAGCCCUACUGGAUCGGAGACAGCGUCAACACGCCCCAGGCAGGCUACUUCGGCCUGUUCUCCUACUGCGUGGGCAACGUGCUGUCCUCCGAGCUCAUCUGCAAGGGGGGCCCGCUGGACUUCGCCUCCAUCCCGUCGAGAGCGUUCAAGACGGCCAUGUUCUUCAUCGCCUUGGCCAUGUUCCUCAUCAUUGGCUCCAUCAUCUGCUUCAGCCUGUUCUUCGUCUGCAACACGGCCACCGUCUACAAGAUCUGUGCGUGGAUGCAGCUGGCCGCGGCCACGGGCCUGAUGAUCGGCUGCCUGGUCUACCCGGAUGGGUGGGACUCGAGCGAGGUGCGGCGCAUGUGUGGGGAGCAGACGGGCAAGUACACGCUGGGCCACUGCACCAUCCGCUGGGCCUUCAUGCUGGCCAUCCUCAGCAUCGGGGAUGCGCUCAUCCUCUCCUUCCUGGCCUUUGUGCUGGGCUACCGGCAGGACAAGCUGCUCCCCGACGACUACAAGGCGGACGGAAAAGAGGAAGUCUGAGUGGCUGAAGGGUCGGUCAUCAAUUGCCCUGACAAUGGAAACCGUGGAAAUUGAAUUCUUCAGAGAUUAAAAUAUUUCUUCUAAGCUUCCCUUUCUACCCUCAAGUCCUGAAGCUUUUCAUUUAGGAUUAGAAUUUGGCAAGUCUCCCGUGACAAAAAGGCCUUGACAGACAGAAACCUCAGGUGAAACUGAUCCCGCGGCAGCUGGGGCGGGGCCUGGGGAGAGGGAGGGUUAGGAUUGGCUGUUCCUACUCUGACGGGCAGCGCUCCUGCCCCUCCCGGGCUUCUGUGCAAACGGCGAUGACUGACUGCCCAAGGAGUCCAUCCUGCCCGCACUCACGGCUCUGUCAGGGCCACUGAAGGAGGCAGCUGCUGUGGGUGGGAGGGAUCAUUCCAGCUUAACAUCGGAGUUGGAGGGGGCUGUCCUUGCCUCUCCCUUCUCCCGGUUCCUCACUGCUUCUCAGAAGUUCAUAAACGAGAUGAGGCCAUCAGGACUGGAAUCCAACACGAAGCCAUAGAGACUGUGUGAACACAGGAUAAGAAAACUUGGGCUGGGGCCAGAGGAUAGCACAGCGGACAGUGCUCCUGCCUUGCAUGCGGCCGACCUGGGUUCGAUCCCUGGCAUCCCAUAUGGUCCCCUGAGCACCGCCAGGAAUAAUUCCUGAGUGCAGAGCCAGGACUUAACCCCUGACCCAAAAACCAAAAACAGAAAAAGAUAGAAAGAGGGGCCGGAGCGAUAGCACAGCGGGUAGGGCGUUUGCCUUGCACGCGGCCGACCCGGGUUCGAUCCCCGGCAUCCCAUAUGGUCCCCCAAGCACCGCCAGGAGUAAUUCCUGAGUACAGAGCCAGGAGUAAUCCCUGAGCAUCGCUGGGUGUGACCCAAAAAGCAAAAAAAAAAAAAAAAAGAAAA